AAUCACCAUGCCUAUCGAAGAAACAGACACCAAAGUCACCCUCACCCACCCCUCCGACCCCUCGUCCAGCGUCACCAUCCUCAAGCACGGUGCCACCAUCCUCUCGUGGCUCCACAAGGGCAAGGAACAGUUGUGGUUGAGUGAUGCGGCCAAGCUUGACGGCUCCAAGCCUGUCAGAGGAGGCAUUCCUCUCGUGUUCCCCAUUUUCGGCAAGGAGAAGAACGAAUCGAGCCCAGCCUUCCAGUUGAGCCAGCAUGGAUUUGCUCGUAGCAGUCCAUGGGAGUUCCUUGGCCAGACCACCGAGUCCCCCGCCACCAUCCAGUUCGGAUUGGGACCCGAGCAGGUCGACCCUGAGGUAUACAAGCUCUGGGGCGAAGGAAAGUACGACUUCACCUUGAUUUUGUCGAUCACACUCGACGACGAUCUCACCACCACCAUCGAGGUCGAGAACUCGGGCAAGGAGGACUUCGACUUCAAGUGGUUGUUCCACACCUACUUGCGUGUUCCCGACAUCACUGACGUGUUGGUCAACAAUUUGAUUGACCAGCGUUGUUACGACCAGUUGUUGGCCACCGAGUACGUGGAGAAGGCCCCAGUCAUCUCGUUCCACGAGGAGUUCGACAGAAUCUACAAGAACAUCCCAGUUGAAAAGUCGUUCCAGGUCAUCGACAAGGGACAGGUGCUCCACAACGUCCAUAGAGACAACCUCCCUGACACCGUGGUGUGGAACCCUUGGAUCGAAAAGUCCAAGGGAAUGGCAGACUUCGAGCCUAAGUCAGGUUACCACCACAUGCUCUGUAUCGAGGCCGGUCACGUUGCCGAGUACCUCACCUUGGCCAAGGGCUCCAAGUGGAAGGCUGCCCAGACUUUGAGUGUCGGAGGAGAGAUCAGAUUGCAGACUAACAUCUUCUAGAGAUGUCCCUGCGAGAAAGUUAAUAAGGUUAUAAUUAAUAAUUAUUAAAAGAUCAAUUUACGCUAUUUGAAGCAGAAACGACGAAAUGUGUUCCAAAGUGUGCUGAAGCUGAAGAUUUUACUAAGCAAUCAUAAAUAUCUCUCCAAAAUGAUCUACAUGUAAAAAAUGAAACUAAGAAUUAUAUUGACAAAGCUAGCAUUCACCUAGUGCUGCCUCCAUUAUCGAUAGCCUUACUAAUACUUCAGCUUAGCAAUUAACAAAAGGAUUUUUUUUGCGAUCACUACAUGUGUUUCCGUAACUAGAGGGGGAUAGAGAUGGUUGAAUCCGCAGUUGAAUAAAGGGUAACUAGCUCUGGAUCAGAACUUCUAAGUAAAAACAUCGAGAAUAAAUUUUUAUUUCUAACUGUGUAUAAUGGCAUAGCAAAUUUC